UACUGAGCAUGGCACAAGUGAAGAGCAAGUCUCAUGCUGCAUGCUUCACAAUCAGAGUCCAUCCUGAAUUCCUUUCUAUAGAAAAAAGGAAAACAAUCCUUGUUUAUGAUGGCACAGAUGCAAUAACAAGUCUAAACUUCAUCCAAACAUCACGUCUGGACACUAAAAUUCCGACAGGUAUCUCUGCAAUGAUAUUGAGUCUUUGGUAGGCUAAAGCAAAAGUGGUAUAAGUAUGGAGAACUGAGUAACGGUGUUCAGUUUCAUUUUCGUUGUUCAGUUCCUGUAGAAGACAGACGCAUACAAAAAAAGAGGUAAAGUUCCUGUAGAAGACAGACGCAUAUAAAACAGAGGUAAAGGAGUUAUCUGUACAGCAGUAGCCAUGUCGUCCCUGAGGCUCGUGCUUGUGGGAAAGACGGGAGCUGGGAAAAGCUCGGCUGGAAACACCAUCCUCGGAGAAAAAAGAUUUAAAGCAUGUCUUAGUUUCAAAGCCGUAACUACUAAAUGUCAGAAAGAAGAGGGAGAAGUGGAUGGUAGGACAGUCAUGGUGGUCGACACGCCUGGCAUAGCUGACUCAAAGGUUUCUGGGGAGGAUGCAAAAGACAGGGUAGCAGAAUGUUUCCCAAUGAGCGCCCCAGGACCACAUGCAUUCUUGCUGGUGAUAAAAUUGGGCAGGUUCACACCAGAGGAGAAACAAGCAGCAGGGGUGAUUGAAGAAGUGUUUGGUGAGGCUGCUUUAAAGCAUACUAUGGUCCUCUUUACCAAUGGAGAUCAACUGGAAGACCCUGAUGAUCUACAAACCUUAUUAAAGGAAAGUGAAGAGAUGAGCUAUCUUCUUGAUAAACUAAAUUGGAGGUAUCAUAUUUUUAAUAAUAAAGUGGAUGAUCGUACUCAAGUAAUUGAACUCCUGAAUAAGAUUGAUCAAAUGGUGGGUGAGCGAGGACACUACACCAGAGAGCUGUUCCAGGUGGCAGAAGAGAAGAGAAAAGAGAAACAGGAGGAGGAGCGCUUGAGGAGAGAAGAGGAUGAACUCAGAAAAGUGUGGAAAAAGAAACCAGAAAUGAGGAUACUACUAUUCGGGAACACUACGGAAAGUAACAGGACUGCAAGAGAAAUCAUCCUGAAAGAGAGAUGUCAGUAUUCAGGUACAGACGGAUGUCAAAAAACAAACGGAGAAGUCCUUAGGAGGAGAGUAAGUGUGGUUGAAACUGUAGGACUCUCUGAUAUGCGCAGAAUGAAGUCAAAGGAGGACAGCUGGCAUGAAAUCCUGUUGUGCGUCAGCUAUACUUCACCAGGACCUCAUGCCUUUGUCAUUGUAGAAAGGUCUCAAGAGGACAGUGCAGAGAGGGAGGACAUAUUGAAGCUGAUCAAAGAUGUGUUCGGUGACCAGGCCUUGAAGUAUGUAAUGUUACUGGCCAUUGAAAAUGGCGAGCGUCAUGUCAGCAAAGCUCCACAUAAGCAUAAACAUCUACCUACACAUAUAUUUGACGGCUCAAGGAACCUCAAGCAAAUCACAUCACUGCUAGAGCAGAUAGACAAAAUGGUGGAGACAAAUGGUGGAAGCUUCUUCACUUGUCAGAUGUAUUUCACCGCUGAGACAGCCAUCAAAACAGCACUAUAUAAAUUUCGGGAGGAGAGAAUGUUAGAGAUAACCCAAACAGAACAUAAUUUAGAACGUAAAAAGGAGGAUAUAAAUAUCAGAAAGUAUGCAGAAAAAGAGAAUUCAUUUGUAAGUACUUAUAAAGUUGCAAUUAUUAUGGCAGGAGUAGGAGCUCUGUUGGGUGGUACAAUAGGAGCAUUCGUGGGGGGCACCGGAGGAACUGUAGUGGGGGGCCCAGCAGGAGCUGCAGUGGGGAGCGCAGCAGGAGCAGUGGUUGGGGGGAAAAAAGGAGCAGCGGCUGGGGCAGCAAUAGGAGCAGGUAUAGCAGGUGCUGUGGGAGUAAUAACAAAGGGAUUAAUAUCAAAACAGACUGAGAAAAACGAGAAAAAACAGAAAUGAUUUGUACAGCUUCUGCUUUAAGGCCUUUAUUCAAUCAACAAAAUCAAAACCAUCAUAACUUUUGAUUUAAGGGAUUAUGUUUGAUUUGAAGGGAGGGGGGAAGAAAUGAAAGAGAAGUCAUGUGGCAAAUCUUUAUUAGGAUCUUAGACAGCAGGUUUUACAUGGCAGAAUGUUAUACAUUAGUUUAAAAUGGCAAUACAGUUACCUGAUCCAUACAAAUAUUUCUACACAAGGUUCUGAGAUAUAUGGGAUCCCAUUCCAGCAGACUGCAGUCUCCAAUAUUGAAUUUCAUGUACCCUAUACGUUGCUGGUGAUGAGUUACUGUGGUUGGGGUAGGUUUAUCUCAUUAUGUUCAUAAUGAGUCCUUAGCAACAGACCGUUCAGUCAGGUAUGAUAUUGUAGCAGACUUGACCUGCAAUUAAACAGGAGUCAGUGUAGCAUGUAAAGACAGGUGACCUACUGACAGAAAGUCUGAUCCAGAUCAAGUCUGAUAAACUGUAAAUAGCAUGGCUGUUAAGCAGAGAAAAUAGCCAACAUUGCAACCUAUGUAACUGCAGCUAGCUUGCAACAAUUAUUGCUAGCUUUUACUUUCAAGCAAAAUUAGUUGAACAUAUUGUAUAUGAUGCCAUACUUGCCUAAUUCCAGCUUACUGUCUGAUCUUUAAGAAUUUUUAUCUUCUAUUACAUUGUACUAUGACAGGAUUGUCAUUUGUGGCGAUUUUGAUAUCCACAUUGACAACUCUUCUAAUGGCUUUGCCAGUAAAUGUGUACAUAUUAUAGAAUAUUUUCAUUUUAAAUGAAACCAAAAGGUGGGACCAUAUUUCCACUUUUUUAGCCACUCUUCAUUGGAUGCUGUAUUGUUUUAGAAUUGAUUAAAAUUUUUUACUCAUUGCUUUUAAAGCACUACAUGGUCUGGCCCCUAGCUAUAUCUCUGACCUUGUAACCCCAUAUAUACCAGUGUGGAGUCUGGUGCUCAGGAAGAGCCCUCUUGGCUGUUCUGUAAUCUUGAAAAAGAGGUCUAAGGGUUGACAGGCUUUUGCUGUUAGAACCCCCAUGCUCUGGAACAGCCAGCUUGAGGAUAUCAGACUGGCAAACUCUGUGUCCUCUUUUAAAUCGCCUCUUAAAAUUUACUUUUAUCGGAAAGUAUUCAUUUAGUGUUUGACUCAUUUAUUUUUCGUUCUUGUUUCAUGCUGUUUAUAGAUCACUUUUAAUUUUCUUUUGAUAUUAAUUUCUCUUUUUUAUUUCUAUUAUAUUAUCUGAUUAUUAUUUUUAUUUUAUAAAUCUGUCUUCAAAAGUGCUAUACAAAAACAUUAUUAUUAGAUUUGCUAGACAGUUGUCUAAUGCCUUCAUAAACAACUUCACAUGUCCACACAAUAAAGCCCCAA